CUCUCCUCAAAGAGUGGACAAAACCAAAAGCAAAACCACACUCAGAAUAAAAAGUGCCUUGUGCUCCAUAAACAAAACAAAACCACCAUUUUACUCCUCCCUCUUUCUCUUUCUUCGUUGGCUUCUGCAAUUCGAAAAUUGGCAUCUCGCUGACGCUCUUCGCGAAUCACGUCUCCACAAUCUCCAUAAACGAGCUCAAGCUCUCCGGGAAUGAUUCCGAUGGAUAAUUACUGCGUGCCGAGCAGUAGUUCGAGCAUGACUGCUUCCUCUGGAUUCCAUCUGACUCUGAAUUCUCCGGUUGGACUCAAACAUGAAGCUGCUGCUUUAGCUGUCGAUUGGUCUCUUGAGGAGCAGUAUACUUUGGAGAAAGGUCUUUCAAUGUUUAAAGAUGAACCACAGGUUACUAAGUAUGUAAAGAUCGCAUCAACUCUACCAGAUAAGAGCGUACGGGAUGUAGCAAUGAGGUGUAAAUGGAUGACGCAAAAACGAAGAAAAGGAGAAGAACAUAGUGCCACGAAUGUUAAUUAUAGAAAGGUGGUGGAUUUACCCCCAAAACUGAACAUGUUCUCCACCGUGCCACAACAAAAUGCUACAUAUGUCAUGAACCCUAUGUGCCAGAGUGCACGCGUGCCUUUUGAAGGUGCAAGUGAUGCAGUUAUGGAGCUUCUACGGCAGAAUGCUCAAGCUUUUAGUCAAAUUUCUUCAAACCUUUCUGUGUUCAAGCCACAGGAUAACAUCAGUCUGUUUUAUCUUGCAAGAAAUAACAUCAGUUCCAUCUUGAAUGACAUGAAGCAGAUGCCUGGUAUCAUCAGUCGGAUGUCACCACUGCCUGUUUCAAUCAACAAUGAUCUUGUUGGCAUGUUAAUGACAAGUACACGACGGCCGAGCUCUUAUAUCAUUCCUUCGAGUAUCCAUCUGAAGCAGGAACCAAGAAACUGAUGGGGGAGGUGGGGUGGGAGAGAUUUGGUUUUGACCAAUGCUAAAGGAAAUAAGCACAGAAAACUGGUGAAAUGGCAGUUGUUAGAUGUGACCUGGACUUAAAAGAAGAUGGUUUAUGACCUGCGAAAAACACAAGAUUGAACGAAUAUUAUCUUGUAGAACCCUUUGUGCUGUCGGCUAAUUUUUGCGUGGAAAGGGUUUAACCAAAACACCUUUCCAAGAUAUGAAUUCGUUGCACAUAUCCGUCGUAGAGUUGGUUGUAUAGAUUAGCCGUUUGUGUAAGGUUUUAGAUAAGAGUUAUUUACGUUUGUAUUAAGAACACAUCUUUGUAAGUUUUGGUCUUCAAUACAUGCACCCUAGUAUUAGCGUAAA